AUGAGCAACGACGACGCCAUGUUCGAUUCGUGCUUCACGAGGUUCAAGCUCGACUACGACGGGACGAAGAGCCUCGGCAUCGGCGACGCCGCCAGCCGCGACGUCUCCGUCGGGGGCCACCGCUGGCGGAUCGACUGCUACCCGCGUGGGUACAGGGCGGAGGACAACGGCGAGUACGUCUCCCUCUGCCUCGAGCUCACCGGCGAUUCCACAGGCGGCGGCGGCGGCGUCGAGGCCUUCGUGACGAAACCAGACGGCGCGCCGUCCUCGUCCCGCACGCAACGGACCCGGCAGGUCUACUCAUCAUCACCACCUGCGGCGGCGGAGGGGGUCAGGUCGCUGGCGUUCCGGCAGUUCGUGAAGUGGAAAGACAUCGAGUCGUUGUACCUGGCUGACGGGUGGGCGACGAUCACGUGCCGGGUCAUCGUCACCGGGCGCGGCCGCGACAACGACCCCCUCGUCGCGCCGCCGCCCGACAUCGGCACCCACCUCGGCCUCCUGCUGGACUGCGCGGACGGCUCCGACGUCUCCUUCGUCGUCGACGGCGAGAGGUUCCCUGCGCACCGGGCCGUGCUCGCCGCCCGCUCGCCGGUCUUCAAGGCGCAGCUCCUGGGCCCCACGUCGAAGGCCAGGGCGUCGUCCGUCACCGUGCCCGACAUGGCCCCCGCGACGUUCCGAGCCAUGCUCCGGUUCGUGUACACCGACGCCUGCCCCGCGGUCGGCGAGCUCGGGGCCUCGCCGAGCGAGGUGUAUCCGCGCCUGCUCGCCGCCGCCGACCGGUACGCGCUGGACCGGCUGAAGCUCGUGUGCGCCGGGAAGCUGUGGGGCAACGUGUCCGCGGACACGGUUGCCGCCACUCUAGCGUGCGCCGAGGCGUGUAGCUGCCCGGAGCUGAAGACGAAGUGCGUUGGCUUCCUUGUGGACGAGAAGAACUUCAGAGAUGCAGUGUUAACUGAUGGGUUUGUGCAGCUGGUGCAGAAAUUCCCAUCCAUGAUUGCCGAGCUCAAGGAGGCGGCGGGCAAACAGUGA